AUGGCGGAUGCACCACCAUUGACCGAAGCCUUCUAUCGAGAGUGGUUUGCGAAACAAACCGUGUUCCUGACUGGAGCAACGGGAGGUCUAGGCGGGUGCCUUCUGUUCAAACUCCUUCAUCAAGUACCUGUUAAGAAAGUCUUUCUCCUCCAUCGAAGCUCCGAGAAAGACACUAUCGCAAAGCUAGGCAAGAACAUGCCCGGAUGUAUCGAUCAAGUCAUGCGCACAGAUCAACUUGAAUUUCUCAAGGGGGACAUCACCGCCGCGAACUUAGGCCUGGAUGUGAGGCAACUAUCUAUACUUCGAAAGGAGACGACCGUUAUACUCAACGCAGCGGCCAAUACUUCAUUCAUUGCAGAUGUCCACGAAUCUUGCAAGGACAAUUGUCUUCCCGCGCUAGAUUUGGCCCAGCUUGCAUUAAGCUUCCCACAGCUCGCCACAUUUGUGCAAGUGUCCAGUGCAUACGCCAACAGCUUUCUGCCUGAUGGAGAGAUCACGGAAACCAUUCAGCCGUUUGGUGAAGACGACAUCGACUGCGAGAGAGAGCUGGACGAGAUCCUCUCCUCAAGAGGAAACACCAGCUGGACAAAGCAAUGGGCCUGGCCUUAUGCACAAGCCAAGUACCUCAUGGAACGACUCCUAUUCCAGAGGUACGGAUCUCGGCUUCCCCUCCUCAUCCUACUUCCCUCCGCCAUCGGGCCAGCUCUUCAAGAUCCAUACCCUCUCUUUGGUCCCGCGGGCUCUAACCCUGUUGAGACCGCCCUCGGGUCUUAUCUGGCCACUGGGGGCGGGAGUCGGGUCUGGAGAGCCGCGAGCGGCUCGACCAGUGGCAACUACAUUUUGGACGGGAUUCCCGUAGAUUUUGUGUCAAAUGUCUGCCUGCUUCAUGUGGCGCAAGGGUCACAGGGAAUUAUCCACGCUGCUGCUCAGCUAUACGUGGUCCUCACAAUGGAUGAGCUGAUGGCCCUCGCCUCGCCUCACAUUCCGCCAGACCUGGCGGUGCCGGCACCGUGCUUCAAAUGGGACGUGAGUGGGAGCAUGGAGCCUUGCCCUGUGGCGACCACUUUCGGUUUCCAGGGCCGUAACUGGAUUUUCGACUGCAGGCGAUCAAAGUCCUUGAGGGCCGUCGGUGGCCCACUGAGUUUGAGCCUUGACGGACAUGACGCAAAGGCUUAUAUAAAGGGGCGGAUUGAGAAGAUCAUUCCGAGCACUCGCGCAACGAAGAAGAGGGUUGCAGCUAGGCGAAGAGGUAUGUCAAAGCUAUGACGGAGCCGGUUGAUAACGUCCUUUGAAGUAAGUUCUUUGGAGCUUAGUAGCGUGACGAACUUUUGUAGGGAAAUUCAAAU